AUGUUUUUUAUAGGCUCAUAUCAGUGUCGUGUUGGCUGGGCAAUUGAUGAUAAACCAAAGAUGAUUUUCAGAAAUCUAAUGCUUAAGUCAAAGGGGAGGAAAGGACAAAUUCAGGAAGAGAUCUCAAUAGGAAAUGAUAUUAACAACUUGGAAUUAUUACGAUGGUCGUUAAGAACUCAGUUCGAUGCUGACGUUGUUACCCAUUUUGAUGCACAGGAACAAAUCUUAGAUCAUAUCUUCAGCCACUUGAGUAUCUCAUCUGAACAAAGCAUCGAUCACCCCAUUUUAAUGACGGAGGCUGUGUGUAAUCCGAAUUAUUGUCGUUCAUUAAUGUCAGAACUGUUGUUUGAAUGCUACCACGUCCCACAGAUCAUUUAUGGUGUCGAUAGUCUAUUCAGUUACUAUUGCAAUGCGAAGAAGAAAGCUAAUACGGCCUUAAUAAUAUCAUCUGGAUAUCAAACAACACAUGUAUUGCCCUUUGUUGAUGGCAUGCUUGACGCUGCUAAUUGUAAAAGGAUAAAUAUCGGUGGAGCAUAUUCCACGAUAUUAAUGCAAAGGUUAUUACAACUAAAAUAUCCCCAACAUGCCUCUUUGAUUACUUUAUCAAGAGCCCAGGAAUUGGUACAUGAUUAUGCUUAUGUCGCUAGCAAUUACAAUGAUGCUCUAGAUCAAUGGUCAUCACCUUCAUUCUACCGUCAAAAUGCACGUAAAAUCCAGUUACCAUUUAAUCCAAUUACUAGCACUACUAAUUCCAAUGGGAAAUGUGAAGAAAAAGAAAAAUUAAGGCGGCAGAAACAAGGGCAAAGAUUGCAAGAACUUAAUGCCCGUCGGCGUGACAAAAUGAGAUCAGCAACUAAAGCGGUAUAUGACCUCCUUGAUAUACCGGAUGAGGAAUUAACAUCUGAGCAAAUAGAAAAAAAGAAAAGGCAAAGGAUGCUAAAAAAUGCCAGUAUUGGUAGAGAAAGGGCUAAGCGUGAGAGAGAUGAGCGGAAAGCUCAAAAAGAAGCACAGGAAAGAGAAGAAGAACAAAAACGUCUAGAAGACUUUGACGGAUGGCUGGAAGGAAUCCGGCAACAACGAGAAGAAAUAUUGAAUCAGCGUCAACAGCGUCGAUCUUUGAAGCAGAACAUGGCUUCACGAAGAAGCCAUGCGGCCCAAGAAAGAAUGCGAAUUAUUACAAAGUUGGCCGACAAUACUGGGGAGGAUACGUUUGGUCAAAAUGAUGAAGACUGGAUGGUUUAUAAGGCAAUUAAUUUGGAUAAUAGCGAUAGUGAGAAAGAAGAAACUCGUUUAAAUGAAUUAGAAUCAUUACUGAAACUGUAUGACGAAAAUUUUAGAAAAGAGAUAGAAGAUAAUUCACCAGAACCAGCAGACGUAGCUACGCGCUACCAGCUUGACAUUGGAAUCGAGAGAAUGCGGGUCACCGAAAUGCUAUUUCAGCCGUCUAUUCGAGGUGUGGAGCAAGCCGGACUGCAUAGCACUAUUGCCUUUGUACUAAAGCAUUAUCCAGACAAUGUUCAGAAUUUACUGGCUCAGAAUAUCUUUGUUACCGGUGGAAAUUUGCAAUACCCUAAUUUUGAUGACAGAUUGAAAAAUGAACUACGCGAAAUUCGUCCUUUUAGAUCAGAUUUUAAAAUAGCAUUUGCCGAUGAUAUGAUGUCAGACGUAUGGUAUGGUGCAAAGCAAUGGCUUCUUGACCAAGACGACCUGCAGUCUGUUAGUAUAACACGAUCUGAUUAUGAAGAAAAAGGUGGAGAAUAUUUAAAAGAACACGUAGCAUCUAAUAGAUAUAUACCCUCUCCAAAAGGGUGA